GAGGAAGACUUUGAGGCAACUUUAUUGAUUUGAGAGAAAUGUUGAACUUUACUAUAGUCUGUUUAACUUCCAAAUUGUGCAACGCAGUGUAAAUACGCUUUCCUUUUUGUUAGAAAAAAAAAAAAAAAGUACAAAUGUAGAAAAAAACAAAGUUAACUCCGACAAACCUUUGGAGAAAAAGGAGAGCAAGUAAUACAGGAUGAAUUGGCAUUAUACGGUACUCUUUUGCUGCUUUACCUUAUUUUCUUUUGUACGUGGAGCAUAUUUAGCGGUGACCGUUCUCUUGUUAGAAUGCAGAUCUACACUAGAAAACAAUGUGUACUUUCAAGGAGGAGACCAUGCUUCACUUUUUACACCUGAUGCUGAAUAUUGUCAGCUAGCAUGUACAUUCCAUCCUCGUUGCUUGAUGUUUUCAUAUCUCCCGGGAACCUGGACGAGACAAAAGGAAAGGUUUGCCUGUUUUUUAAAGGAUAGUGCCACGGGUACACUGCCCAAUGCCACAUUGCAAGGGUCAAUUUCAGGAUAUUCAUUAAAAAACUGUAACAAUCAAAUAGAUGCUUGUAGAGACAAGGUGUUUUCUGGAAUUGAUAUGAUAGGAACCAACUACAACAUCACUAAUGUAAAAAAUGUGGAGCGAUGUAAGGAACUCUGCACCAACGACGUACACUGUCAGUUCUUCACAUAUGUCACAGAGGCAUUCCACAGUAUACAACUUCGAAAUGUGUGCUAUUUCAAGUACUCCAGUAAAGGAAUGCCAACAAGAAUACGACAGCUAGACAAUGUUAUAUCAGGUUUUUCCCUGAAAUUUUGUGGAAAAUCUACUCUAGGUUGCCGAAGAGAUUUAUUCCAAAAUGCACAUUUUUCCGGUAGCAAUCUAACAAGUGUUCUAACCCCAGAUGUACACACGUGUCAGAAGAUUUGUACAUUCUAUCCAAACUGUUUGUUUUUUACAUUCUUAAAAAAAGAAUGGUCUGAUCCACUACAAAGGAAUCAUUGCUACUUAAGGACUUCAAAAACUGGACUGCCAGAUGAAGCCAUAGAGAAAGAACAUGCCAUAUCUGGCUUUAGUCUUUUAACAUGUAAAUUUAGCCCUUCAGCCUGUCCAAUGCCAGUUCUCACUGAUAUGGAAUUUCAUGGGACUGACUUGAUUGAACAAGAUGUGGAUGGGGAGCAAAACUGUCAGCAACUUUGCUCAAAGACACUUCGUUGCCAGUUUUAUACCUACAAACCAUCAGUCUGCAUGCAAGACAAGUGUAAAUGCCAUCUGAAGAUGUCUUCUAAUGGAUUACCAACAAGCAUACUACAUGGAAAAGGGGGCAUCUCUGGAUUUUCGUUAAGGAUGUGUAGAAACAGAACAAUUACAGGAUGCGGACAGCCUGUUGAAUCAGAAAACAGGAUUGUAGGGGGGAAAGACAGCUCUCUUGGAGAAUGGCCAUGGCAAGUAAGCUUGCAGCUUAAGCUAUCCACCACUUUUAAGCAGCAUGCAUGUGGUGGAUCCAUUAUCAGCAAACAGUGGAUAAUAACAGCUGCCCAUUGUGUCACUCACUUUAACCUGCCUCGAGCAUGGAAUAUUUAUGGUGGGAUAAUAAAGUUAUCAGACAUAACCCAAUCAACACCAGUUUUUGAAAUUGAAAAAAUUAUUAUUCAUCCUUCAUACAACGGAGCAGAAACUGGCAGUGAUAUUGCUUUGUUGAAGCUAAAAACACCCAUCUCAUAUGAUGAUGACCUGCAGGCAAUUUGUCUCCCUUCAAAACAAAAAGCAUUAACACUUCCUAAUUCUUGCUGGAUAACUGGAUGGGGUUACACCGAAGAAAACGGUAAUCCUGAAGAUGUCCUCCAAAAAGCUGAAGUCCCUAUGUUGGCAAAUGAGGAAUGUCAGACAAAGUACUCCCCACAAAAGAUAAAUCACAAGGUGUUGUGUGCAGGAUACAAACAAGGCAAAAUAGAUGCCUGUAAAGGUGAUUCUGGUGGUCCACUGGCAUGCCAAAUUGAUAAAACAUGGUACUUAAUUGGCAUUACAAGUUGGGGAGAAGGCUGUGCUCGUGCUGGAAAACCAGGCGUUUACACAAGAGUAGCAGAAUAUACAGACUGGAUUCACGAGCAAAUACAAAAAAACCAAUGAUCCAAAUAUCCUUCAGAAAAUCGUUUGACUAUAUGGAAAUGUUGGGAAUUUCCAAGAAUUGAAUUACGCAAACUUGAUUUUCCCAUUGAGUCUGAAUUGCUUGUACUAUGUAUAAUAUUACUAAAGAAAAUAAAAUAAACAUGUCAACAUGUUUUCACUGAA